AUGAGAAGGAAGAAUUGGAGACCAGAAGUAUAUAAUUUAAACUUAUUAAACAAGGAAGAUAAGGCAUUGCUUGAAAUAUGCAAGAGUCAAAAUUACAAUUGGAGACGAAUUUCGAAAUAAAUGAUAUCCAUCGGGUAUAAAAGAUCAGGAAAAUCAUGCAAAGAGAGAUUCCAUAAUUAGUUAAAUCCUUUUGUCAACAAAGAUCAAUGGACUCAAAAUGAAGUUGAUAAACUCUUCGAGUUGCAAAGCAAAUAUGGUAACAGAUGGAGGAUCAUUGCAAAAGAAUUACCCUAAAGAACGGAUGGUUUAAUUAAAAACUAUUUUUACUCAUUAGUUCGAAAAGUUCUUAGACGUCUUUCCAAGACUGUUAAUGGAACCAAAAAUGGAUCUUAAAUGACUAAAACUCUAAAACCGUCUGUUAUUUCCUAAAUAUUUUGUGUCAAUUAGAAUUAAGUCAAUUAUGCUGGAAUCGAAGUGGAAUUUGCACAGCUCUUUCGAAAUAUUAUAUUAAAAUACAAAAAUUUUAACUUAUCCUAAUAAAUUGAUAUUGAGGACAUUGAUAAAAUUAAAUCCAUUUUUCAAACAUUACAACAAUUAAAUGAAUCAUACAAUGAUGACUUGGAAAAGAAAAAUAUCUCCAAAAGCAGAUCCAAGAGCCAAAAAUUAAAAACCAAAUUAAGUAACAUUGAUAUUGACCAUCUCAUACUCUAGAAGAUAUAACUGAAACAUCCAAUUUUCACAAUGAAAUCAUGUCCUCUGCCAAAACUAUAUUCGAAAUUUGUAUUUCAUCAUAAUACAUAUCAUCCUACACAAUUAAUGUAUUAAUCAAUUUCAUCUUUCACAUCCUAAAACAUAGACUAAAAUAACAGUUAUGGUGCAAUCUUGGUUAAACCUGAGUAAUUAUUAUUUUUUCAACCACAUCCUUCACCAUAUUAUGUAUUUUUGUACACAAUUUAAUAGACUAUGAAUAUAAGCGCCUUCAUCUAAUAAUAGUCAAGCAUGCAUACCUAUUAUAGUUCCUACUUCAAUCCAACCCCUGAAAUUAAAGAGGAACAUGAAAUAUGA